AGAUCGGAAUCGGAUUCAAUCAGACACAGAGAGAUCGACGCGGGUACAUCUUCCACUUCCUUCUCUUAUUACUAUUCCACAUCUUUUAGGGUUUCAUUCAUUCACUUCUCGCCUCUCAUGCUUGCUUCGUUUCAACAUAGCAAGAUGUUGCGUGCUAUAAGGCAUAAGAAUAUUCUACCUGCCAUCUCUGCAUUUAGAGCUUUCUCUUCUUCUGCUAAAGAGAUGACAGUUAGAGAGGCUCUGAACUCUGCUCUUGAUGAGGAAAUGUCUGCUGAUCCUAAAGUCUUCUUGAUGGGUGAAGAGGUUGGGGAAUACCAGGGUGCAUAUAAGAUUACUAAGGGGCUUCUGGACAAGUAUGGUCCUGAAAGGGUUCUUGAUACUCCAAUUACCGAGGCUGGGUUUACUGGCAUUGGAGUUGGUGCUGCUUACUAUGGUCUAAGGCCGGUUGUCGAGUUUAUGACUUUUAACUUCUCCAUGCAGGCAAUAGAUCACAUUAUUAAUUCUGCUGCAAAAUCAAACUACAUGUCUGCUGGGCAAAUAUCUGUACCUAUUGUCUUCAGAGGACCCAAUGGAGCUGCUGCUGGAGUUGGUGCUCAGCACUCUCAAUGUUAUGCAGCUUGGUAUGCCUCAUGCCCUGGAUUGAAGGUAUUGUCACCAUAUUCAUCUGAAGAUGCUCGUGGUUUGCUAAAAGCGGCUAUAAGGGACCCUGACCCUGUUGUUUUUCUUGAAAAUGAGUUAUUAUAUGGUGAGUCAUUCCCUGUUUCAGCCGAAGUUCUUGAUUCCAGUUUUUGCCUUCCCAUAGGAAAAGCAAAGAUUGAGAGAGAAGGAAAAGAUGUUACUAUUACAGCCUUUUCAAAGAUGGUUGGCUAUGCUCUCAAGGUUGGUAGGAUACUGGCAAAGGAAGGAAUCAGUGCUGAGGUUAUAAAUUUGCGUUCCAUUCGGCCACUUGAUAGAUCAACAAUUAAUGCUUCAGUCAGGAAAACCAAUAGAUUGGUGACAGUUGAAGAAGGAUUUCCUCAGCAUGGUGUUGGCGCCGAAAUUUGCACCUCUGUAAUCGAGGAGAGUUUUGGUUAUCUUGAUGCACCGGUAGAGAGAAUUGCUGGGGCCGAUGUUCCCAUGCCUUAUGCAGCCAAUUUGGAGAGAAUGGCUGUCCCACAGGUUGAAGAUAUUGUUCGUGCCGCAAAGAGAGCAUGUUACAGAUCUGUGCCCUUGGCUGCAACAGCUUGAGUUUUAUUGAGGACUGGAAAUUUCUCUCCUGUCUUGGUUAUGCUAAGUUCUUCGGUAAUCCUAGAUGUUACCAAAAACAAUUUUUUCCCCUCCAUAUUUCACCAUAAAACAGCAGAAAGAAAUAGCAAGCGGAGAGUGCUGGUUUCACUUAUGGACUACAUAGGCGUUGGUUUAAAAUAUUCUGAUUCAUGAUGUAUACUUAAUAGUGCAGCCUUAAUUUUCACGAGUUACAGAUGGUAUAUAAUAAUGGCAAGUUAAACAUCCA